AUGCCCAAUAGAGCAGCAUCCCAGAGCAAUUCCGCUGAGGGACCCCUCUCACGACCGGCCCUGACGGUGCUAUCAUGGAACGCCGAAGGUAUAUCAGAUGCCAAGGAGGAAGUCCUUGCACAUAUGUGCAAACAAAUGAACUGCGAUGUGCUAUGUCUUCAAGAGACUCACCGCGGCAGCGACAAUCCACGGCCCAAGAUCAAGGGUAUGAAGCUUGCCAUCGAGCGGCCACAUCGCCAAUAUGGAAGUGCUAUCUUCACGAACGAGAAGAUCAGACCGGAAUCUACAUCCUAUACCCACAAUAACGACAUCGAAGUGCUGAAUGUGACAAUCAAAGGACUAACGAUCUCCUCCAUCUACAAGCCACCAAACAUAAGUUUUUCGUAUCCUUCCACCACUACCAAUAGGCAUAUUGUAAUUGGCGAUUACAACAGCCACAGCACGCAAUGGGGGUAUGAUACCACUGGAGAUGAUGGAGCACUAGUUGAAACAUGGGCCCAAAACAACGACCUAAAACUAAUCCACGAUCCAAAGCUCCCAAAGUCUUUCGCCAGUGCCCGCUGGAAGAGACGUUACAACCCGGAUCUAGUUUUCUGCAGCAGGCUGCUUGCUCCCACCAGUCUUAUCACACCAAACAAGACCCCGUUCAAGCGCAGGUUCAACUUUGCUAAGGCAGACUGGCCUGCUUUCACCGAACACCUUGAUCAUACCCUAACACAUCUCCCUGCAGAUCCAAAGAACUAUGAAUCCUUCAUAGAUAUAGUCAAGAAGGUGUCACGUAGACAUAUUCCAAGAGGCUGCCGCACGACAUACAUUCCAGGCAUCGAUGAGGAAUCAAGUCAGCUUCUGGCAAACUACACCACAGCCUACGACACAGAUGCCUUCUCAGAGGAUACCAUCAACCUUGGAGAAGAGCUUAUAUCAAGGAUAUCUCAACGACAUAGGCAGAUAUGGCAGCACAUGAUUGAAACAACAGACCUAAGACACAGCAGCAGGAAAGCGUGGGCCACCAUACGCAAGCUCGGAAUUGACAGCACCAGAGCUCAACAGCAUUAUAAUGUUACGGCUGACGAAGUAGCAAAUCAGCUGUUGAAAAAUGGAAAGGCCCCCAAGACGACUAAUUCACACAGGCACAAACUACCUGGAGUUGACCAGAACAUGUCUCUUUUCACAAGACCUAUUUCUGAAGAAGAACUACAGAAAGGUAUCUCCACGCUACACGUCAACAAGGCGGCAGGCAUCGAUGACAUCAGAUCGGAGCAGAUCAAACACAUGGGCUCUGUAGCACAGAAAUGGCUGCUAGACAUGUUUAACAACUGCAUCGAGAACACCUGUGUCCCAAAACAGUGGCUCCGAACCAAAGUCGUCGCUAUCCUCAAGCCAGGAAAGGACUCAAACGAAGCCAAGAACUUUCGACCGAUCUCGCUCCUGUGCCAAACAUACAAGCUGCUUGAACGCCUUAUUCUCAACAGAAUUGGGCCUCACGUUGACAGCCAACUGAACUGUGAGCAGGCAGGUUUCCGACCAGGAAAAUCCACCACGGGACAACUUCUCAACCUGACCCAACACAUCGAAGACGGUUUUCAGAACAACCUCAUCACAGGUGCAGUAUUUGUGGAUUUAUCUGCGGCUUAUGACACUGUCAAUCACCAAAGGCUACAGACAAAACUUCAUGACAUCACAAAUGACCUCAAACUCACCAGAUUCAUUCAGAAGAUGAUGCAGAACAGACGCUUCUUUGUCGAACUUGAUGGGCAGAAGAGCAGAUGGCGGAAACAGAAAAACGGUCUCCCCCAGGGUGGCGUCCUGGCGCCAACACUCUACAACAUCUACACUGCUGACAUCCCUUCAACAGAGAACACUCGAAACUUCAUCUAUGCAGAUGACACCUGCAUCACAGCCCAGCAUAGUACCUUCGAAGCUGUUGAACUCCAUCUCAACACAGCGCUCGCAAGCCUUUCGGAGUACUACAGAGCAAACUACCUACGGGCAAACCCAUCCAAGACUCAGGUGUGUGUUUUCCACUUGAAGAACAGGGAGGCAAAGAGAGAACUGAAGCUAAAGUGGAACAAUGUGCAACUUAACCACUGCGAGCAUCCAGUUUAUUUAGGUGUAAAACUCGAUCGUACUUUAUCAUUCAAGAAACAUAUCGAGAAGACAAUAGGCAAAGUAGAAUCUCGAAAUGCCAUCAUCGGGAAGCUAGCAUCUUCACACUAUGGCGCUGACCCCAAAACUGUACAAAGUGCAGCUGUUGCUCUAUGCAUGUCAUCCGCAGAAUAUGCUUGCCCAGUUUGGAGCAGAUCAGCCCAUGUGAAGAAGCUUGACACCACACUCAAUAACACUUAUCGAAAGAUAACAGGCUGCCUGAAACCAACAAAAGUUGAGGAGAUAUAUCACCUCGCUGGCAUUGGAUCUCCUAACCAAAGGCGCACUAACACCUGCCUAAAGGAACGGAUGAAGCAGGCGACAGAUGACAGACACAUGCUACACGGAUACUUACAACCCCACAAACGACUUAUAUCCCGACACAGCUUCCUCGAUUCUGUCCCACCACCUGAACAGAAUCCUCCACCAUCAGCCAAGCCCGGUUUUGAAGGAUGCUGUUCAGAUUACUCUAUAACCUUUCACUACAUUCCACCUGCCGCUCUGUACAACCUGGAAUACCUUGUUUAUCAUCUGCGUCCCUUCGGUGUCGGAACGUACCCAUGUCCAGCCGAUGUACCUAAAGAGAUUCUUCAAGAGGCGCGUUCCAGGCAGCAAUUGCCGCAAUCGCAAGAACAGCCUCUGGAUGAUCAGGAGAGGAAAUAA